AUGGCUUCUAUGGACUCCAUCUUCGCAGCUUACAGCGAGCGGCGAGCUGCUCUCGAAGCAAGCAACAAUCCUUAUGCCGACGGUAUCGUCUGGAUUGCAGGGGAGCUCUCACCGCUGGCUGAGGCACGCAUUCCGAUUAUCGACCAAGGCUUCCUUCAUGGCGACAUGUGCUACGACGUUCCCUCUGUGUGGGACGGCAAAUUCUUCCGCCUAGACGAACACAUCAACCGCUUCGACGAGAGCUGCAAGAAGAUCCGCUUAAAAAUCCCGCUGCCAAAGGAAGAACUGAAGAGCAUCUUGUUCGACAUGGUUGCAAAGAGCGGUAUGCGCGAUGCCUAUGUCGAGUUAAUUGUCACGCGCGGAUUCAAGGGCGUUCGGGGAUCUAAGCCAGAAGAAAUCGUCAACAACUUAUACAUCAUAAUCCUGCCAUAUGUUUGGAUCAUGAGCCCGGAAAUGCAGUACAGCGGAGGCAGCGCAAUUGUUGCCCGCACAGUUCGACGAACGCCUCCAGGCGCCAUGGAUCCCACAAUCAAGAACUUGCAAUGGGGAGACAUGGUGCGCGGAAUGUAUGAGGCGAAUGAUCGAGGAGCCGACUAUCCAUUUCUUACAGAUGGCGAUUCCAACUUGACUGAAGGAUCCGGGUACAACAUUGUCUUUGUCAAAACCGGCGCCCUUUACACGCCUGAUCGAGGAGUCUUGCAUGGCAUCACUCGCAAGACGGUAAUAGAAGUUGCGCGAGCCAAGGGAAUCGACGUUCAUGUUGAGGUGGUGCCUGUUGAGAUGGCAUAUACGUGCGAUGAGAUCUUCAUGUGCACAACGGCCGGCGGUGUCUUGCCAAUUACUGUUCUCGAUGGCCAGCCAGUCAAGGAUGGAAAGGUUGGGCCGAUAACGAAGACUAUUUGGGAUGCUUAUUGGGCGAUUCAUUCUGAUCCUUCAUAUAUCACUGAGAUUAAUUAUUCGACAAGCUGA